AGAUUGGCCAGUGACUGAUAAAAAGCAAGAUUGACUUGUAUUAAAGGGAAGUCCAGUUUGGUGUCACUAUGGGACUCUUUGACGUUUUUAAAUCGUUGUUUGGGAGCAGUAAGAAGAAGGCCCAUGUUCUCUGUGUAGGACUUGACAACAGUGGAAAGAGUACAAUUAUCAACCAACUUAAGUCUCCUGAGACCAAAAUGGAAGAUGUAGUGCCUACAGUUGGUUUCACGGUUGAAAAGUUUACUUCGCCUAGUGUACAUUUUACAGUCUUUGAUAUGUCUGGCCAGGGAAGAUAUAGAGACCUAUGGGCACAUUAUUAUAAAGAUGCUCAAGGCAUUAUAUUUGUUAUUGACAGCAGUGAUAAGCUGAGGGUAGUGGUGGCUAAAUCAGAGCUGGAAGAGCUAUUAAAUCAUCCAGACAUCAAGGCUAGAUCAAUACCCAUCCUAUUCUUUGCCAAUAAAAUGGAUGUACGAGAUUCCCUAUCAUCUGUUCAGUGUUGUAAACUGCUGGAAAUGGAAUCAAAGAAUGCCAAUUGUCCGUGGCAUAUAUGCGCUAGCAACGCACUGACUGGAGAGGGAUUACAUGAAGGUAUCGAGUGGCUAACAGAUCAAUUGAAGAAUUCAAACCGAUAACUGUAGGAAGUACUGCAAUGGACAUUAGAACUUUAUCAACACCUUGUGUAGUGGAUAGCUGUUGUAAGAAUUGAGACUCUUGAAGAUCUUUGUUGGAGGUCAUCUUAACAGACUUGUUUAUGUCAGCAGACUGGAGAUGGUUGCAAGAAAUUUUCUAGAUCAUGGCAAAGUAUACUUAACAAGCAGUUCAGAGCAGUUUGAAUUUAGCUUGUCAUAAACGACCGGUAAUAGCCACAGAUAAACUUGAAAAUUCUAUUUAUGCAUUUAGAUCUCACAAAGAAGCAGAUGUGCAUUAUGUGAAAAGUGAAUAUCUCCCACUGGAUAACAAGGAAUGCACUAUGAGUGAACAAUUGACUACUCUUGCACAGCAUACCAAUGUCUGCAUGCACAUUUCAGCUAUGAGAAACUAGAGAUGAGCUAUUCUGAUUUCCUGCUUUGUUAUACUCAAUGGCCCGUAUUCUGGUAGCAGGUUUAACUUAAACUCAGGUUUAAAGUUGUGGUUUAAGUAUGGAUAACCAAUUGUUACAUAAAUCACUAACAGUAGAGAUAUCAUACUUCAGCUUACUUGGCUCUCAAAGUCAUUCAUAAUUGUCUAGGAAGUAUAAAUGGAUGAUUGUCUUCACCAUGGAUGAAUCAGGAAAGAGCACAGUAAACACAAGAAACAUACAACUUAAUACAAAAUUUGAUACUAUUGGCUUCCCAUACUCAAACUACAACUUUAAACCUGACUUCAGAAUACGGGCCAAUGAGUCUUGUUGUUUGCAAUCUAGUUUGCAUGAAUCAAGUAUUGCUAUGUCAGGUAAUCCUCUUGGAGUAUCAUGUCAAGAUAUAAUAUUCUCAUAGCCAUGGUCUAAUUCAAUCCUAGGUUAAUUUAGACCAAACGUUUAUGGAUUGCCAGAUGUCAACUCAUUCACUAAGCACAGAUUAUUUAAAUACUGUGGCAAAAACAUGUACACCAUAAAUUUUGAUGAAUUGUUAGUUGCAUCAGUUUUGCUAUGAUCAAAGCAAAGAUAAGAUGAAACCUAGCAUUCCAUUAGAGUGGACUAAAAUUUGUGUGUAUUCUAAGAUUAAGCUAGGUUUAAAUUACAUUUUUUAAAUUCAAAAUUCCCUUCAUCUGCAUACAUGUACAUGUAUGCUAAGAUUGUAUCUGUGAAUUGGCAAUAUUCUAUAGAAGCUGAAGAUGUAGAAUAAAAACUGGCAACAAAUUAACUACAUGUAAUAAUUUUCCCCUUUUAAGGAAGAAUUUAUUCAUGUGUACUGCCAUUACCGGGGUAAUAAUAUGCUGUAACGCGCUUUGAGCCAUUCUGGGAAAAGCGCUUUAUAAAAAUUUGCUAUUAUUAUUAUUAUUACCAUUAAUCCUCAUUGUUCAGUGCUGCCAGUUUUAUGUGAAAGUGAGCAGGAAUUUCUGCCGAACCAGAAUAUUUGAAAUAUUACAUGGCUAAUGGCUAAGCUAUAUUAUUUUUUUUUUCUUGACUUUAAUAAUACUAUUGCUGCACUCAGGACUUUUCGCUGUCAAAGAAAGAACAAAUAAUAUUUGAUUAGUAUAAUAUAUUUCACACGUAUUAUGCUCACAUGUAUCAUACCUGAAUAUCUUUAUGUGCUUCACUAAUGCAUGUAUGUAAUUGCCACAUUCAUUGCAUUUGGACCUAUCUGCAUAGUGUAAUACAUGUACAUGCACAUCCACUCUCUAGGGAUUGUUUCACCACUAUGAAGUUGUUCGGGUACACAACACCAGGCUGUAGAAUGAUGUCUUGCUGUAGAUGCUUAUGCCACAUUUGGAUUCAAAUGCACAUACAUAAUAGCACCAAACUAGGGCAAGGGGGCGGUGGGGUUCCACUCAAUUUUUUAUACGCCCAUCCUAUGGGACGUUUUAUGG